GUUGUUUCAGCUGCCAUGUUUGGUUGCUUUGUUGUAGGCUUCUACUUGGUUUCCUACAGAAUUAGUAAGUGUGGAAAUGGAGCCGAGCUGGAGUACGUUUCUUUUUCAACAGGCCAAUGAAGCCCUCCACCACCAGCACCAGGUGGCCCAGAACAGCCUGCUGCCACUUCUUAAUGCAGGAGCCGAACAAAUCGACCAGAAGCCCAUCCUGCCCAUCCAAAUAGACCAGAAGCCCCCUACCAGUGCCGCUGAUCUCCUCAAAGACAAUGUGGCCAGCGGAGGAGGUGGACGGCCACUAGUGCCUGUCAUAAAGAAGGAACACAAAGGAAAAACACCUUUUGUCUGCGGUUACUGCAACAAGGCCUUCAGGGACAGCUACCACCUGCGACGCCAUGAGUCCAGCCACACCGGUAUCAAGAUGGUGUCACGGCCAAAGAAGACGGCGCAGACAGCUCCUACAAUGGUACCCAUGAUCUCCACCAUGCCAAGAGAGAACAACGGCAACCCUUCCUACAUCCAAACAGUAGCAGGCAUCCUCUCAACGGCAACAACCUCUGUGUCCUCCAGCAUCAUGACAUCGUCUGCAAUGGGAAACAUGCCGCAUCAAAAUGUGCCCAAGAAACCCGCCAAACCUGUCAAGAAAAACCACGGGUGCGAGAUGUGCGGCAAGGCCUUCCGCGACGUCUACCACCUGAAUCGCCACAAGCUGUCCCAUUCAGACGAGAAGCCGUUCGAGUGCCCCAUCUGCCAGCAGCGCUUUAAAAGGAAGGACAGGAUGACCUACCAUGUCCGCUCUCAUGACGGGGGAGUCCACAAGCCCUAUGUAUGCUCAGUGUGUGGGAAAGGCUUCUCCAGGCCAGACCACUUGAGCUGCCAUGUGAAGCAUGUGCAUUCUUCAGAAAGACCGUUUAAAUGUCAAGUAACGGCCUGUACCUCUGCUUUCGCCACCAAAGACAGACUGCGUUCCCACAUGAUCCGACACGAAGGCAAAGUCACCUGCAGCAUCUGUGGGAAGAUGCUCAGCGCAGCCUACAUCACCAGCCAUCUGAAAACUCACGGACAGACCAACUUUAACUCCUGUAACAAAGAUGGCAACGAAGUCUGUAACUCAGCCUCAGCCACUCCAGUGACCAUCUCUGCCCCCAUCACCACAGCAAUGAACCGGCACCACCAGAACCACCCGGUCACCAUUGCAGCGCAAAUGAACAUUAGCACCAACACGGUCAACAUCACGUCUCCGAUCAGCCUCCAGCACCCGGUCACCAUCACCGGGCCCGUCAACAUUGCUUCCGUCAACAUCCCCUCCUCAGCAUCCAUGAAUAUUGCCCAUCCUGUCGCAAUAACCACCCAAAUGCCUAUGAAUAUGGCCGGUCCGAUCAACAUCGCCAUGAGGCCUGUGGAUAGCAUGUCCUUCCUGUCCCAAGUCCUGCCUUCUUCCCCACCCUGGUAAAACAAAACAAAAAAAAGAAGAAGAGAGAGAGUGCCGUGAACUGGCCAGAAGGAAGGAAAAAAUGAAGUGAAACUAGAGACUCUUGUCCUCAUCAUUUGCACCUCUAGCUUGGAUCUUUCUGCCCACCUGAACCACGUUUACUUCAUGAAAUCCUGGAGGGAGUAUUUGUAUGAGCUCUGUGGCCGGUUGGAGCUCCCCCUCCAGGUCAGAGUUACGUCCCAGCUUGUGAAGAGUGACUGACACAAGAGGCAGAACACUUGAGUAGAAACCGAGUAGGAUUUAUCUUGAGAGAUCAGGACAACAGUAAGACUUAGAGUAGUCAGUUAGACAGAUGAAACUGUGAUUUGUAUCAUGCCGAAUGAGAGGAGGACUCCAUAGGAAAAACACACCCGUGCUUUCUAAAAAAAAAAAAAGGGAGAGGAGAAAUGGACUGAAGCAAUAAUUAUAAAUUGCUGUUUUUGCUGUUUUAAAAGUUCUCUCCUAAAGCCUCUGGGUGUUUCUUUGUAUGUUGUUUUUUUAACUAUAGCCUGCUAAUCACUAUUUAAUGUAAUAGGAAAUGAGUCUAGUAAAAGGGACAGCAGCUUCCACUUGCAUGGAAGAAUAUUUUUUCACAGUGCUAUAGUAUUUUUUUUUCUUCUCAGAUAGUAGGAAUGCUCUUGAGGUACAGUGACUAACUUGUACAGUUGACAUAGUAAUGUAUUUUCAUGUCAGCAUUUUAACUUUUUAGCUUUUUUGUCAUUCAAGCGGGCAGACCCAAAAUGUCCUCUUGAUAAUGAAAUAUUUGUACUUUGUUUUCUACUUGUAUGGAAAACACAGAGGUUUGUUUUUUUUUAAUUUUGCCUAUUGUAGUGUUGAUUUUUUUCCAUGAAGUCAGAGUGUAAUGAGUCUUGCACUGAAAGCAUAUCCUACACACAGGUGAACAGCAGUAUUAUCAAAGAUCAAAUUGGAAUCUUAGGUGUCUUGGUUGGCAUGCCUGCGCUUGAGGGCCAUCUAGUGGCUCACCGUAGAAAGGCCUGGCCUUGUAGUGACGCUUUUUCAGGCGGUUUGUCAUCAUUAUGACUACUUUUUUUCUGACUCUUCUGUACACUGUUUUUUUUAUUUUAUUGUUUUUAUCAUUUAUCUGUUAUAACCCCAAGAUUAUACUUAGGACCCCUCACUCAGGAAAAACAUAUAAAAGCCCAUUAAACAUGCAUUUAGUUCCUUUUUAAAUUGAAUAUAUUCAUCAUGUAUCUUUAUUCUUGACUUUCUUAUUCUUUUUUUAGAUUCCAAAAAUCAUUUGGCAUUAAAGGACUUGACUUCCAUCAGGGACAAGAAGUCCAAUAAUAAUUGAUUUUAAAACAUAGCCGUCCAUUUAAAUAAUCAUGUACUGUGCAAUGGCAUACAUGCUGUUCCUCUUCUUUUUUUUUUUUUGACAUUUCAUUUGAAGAUGAUUUUUCAGUCAGCGGCUGCAUAGUAAUGUGGCUGAGAUCUGGAUGAGUAUGAUAAAAAUGCAAGUUUUUGCCCAUCAAAAUAAUGGGACAAUAUUGAUGUUGCAUGACCCCAAACACUGUAGCUGUUGAACAUGAACUAUAUUUGAAUGAAUGCCAUGUUAUCUCAACAGUGUUGCAGCUCUUUGAGUUGGUUCAGUGUAUACUGAAAAAUGCAAUAUGCAUGUUUGUCUCCCCCCCCCCCUCAGUUUUGUUUCAAACAAAAUGUUAGUGUAGCUUUUUAUUUUCUUGUUUUUAUGCAUUUACUUAGAUACACUAUGAUAGCCUAUUUGCCAAAUUUGAUACGAUAAUGAUGUGAUAAACUGAACAUUUCAUGUGGAAUUAAACAUCUCUUUAUUUUUAAGGAAAAAACAAUUGGAAAUUCCAGGACCCUUGUGAAAGCAGUUGAAUGUAUAUCUUUGUACAAAACUAUUUUAGUUCCAAGGAUAAGGUAGUUACAAUAGAUGUGAAAGAUAAGAUAACCUUUUUUUAUAAAUCUUUUGUAUUAGAACAUUAACAAUGGUAAUUUUGUAUAUAUGAGAAGCUAGGCUUUCUGAUUAGCAGAAAGGUCAAAACAUUCCUACAUUUUUUUUAAAUGUAUGUUUGUCAAAUUAUUACAUAAACAUGCGCAAUGUUAUGUGCCUUUUAUUUGGGUUGUCUAAAUAAAAGAAAACCAUCAAAUGUG